CAUGCAACUAGAAAAACAUCUUGAAGAAUGAGAAGUCUGAUGUCUGUGCUGUUCCUGGUGUUCUUCUGCUCUGUGCAGAUGACUUCAAGCGCUGUCAUUUCAAUUGAUGCAGCACAAUCAAAGUGCUGUGGAGAGUUCACUGAUGUGAAGAUUCCUCUGAAACAAGUGGCUUCUUACUACUGGACCAGCAGCAGCUGUGCCAGACGCGCUAUUGUGUUUAAGACAAAAUCAGGGAAAGAAUUCUGUGUUGAUCCAGAGAUCCCCUGGGUGAGCGGCCAUGUUGCUAAAGUGGACAAAAGAACAACAGUCUAAAAGAAGCUACACUGUUUUUG